ACAAGAAUCUGUUAAAUUAUAUUACUAACUUAAGUUGAGAUCACUAGCCCUUGAUCAUAUAGCGCCAAAACAUGUGUUGUCGUCACAUUUUGUGUCUCUAUUUUUAAUUAUAUGAUUAAAGGCAAUGAUCUGCUUUAGGCAUUUAAUUGGCGUUUUUAUAGAACUAUAUCUUGCAAUCUUCAUCGUCAAAACAUUCACACUUUAAUUCUGCUAGUAAGUAAACUCAUUUUUUAUGCGGGUAUGAUAGAAGAAGAUCCAACUGUAAAUGUUAGGAUAUAAGCUAUUUUGGGGGUAUUUUUUAGCAUUUGGAUUCGCAAGCUGAUAGGGGAACCAGAUGGGACAAUAAGAAAUGCAUAGAUAACAAGGGCAAAGCUAAGGCUAUAAUUUUCUUUAUGACUCCCUCAUUAUCAAACAAAUCUGUUCAUCCUUUGUACCGUUUAAAUGCUGUAGUGUUUAAAUGGUUUUAAUGCUGUACAGUUAGUCAAAACAGCGACCUAAAUCAGCCUUUUGUACCUCUACUCGAACGAUUCGACACAACGAUUGUGGUUGUUUUCGCCAGAGCACGCGCAUGCGCAUACGUUAUUCAGCACUGUCCGACCGAGGCGGUCUUUUGGGCGCCAUCCUAGCGCAAAUGUAUAAUUUGAUGUACAACGUGGAUGUUCUUCCUUGUAUAAGAAAUUUAAAUUAUCAAAGAGUUUGUAACAAAAUGAUUUAGAAUCUGCCUGUUUACUUCAUCGAAGUAUGAUAGAUAAAUGUGAAGCAAUUUUUCGUGAAAUUGAGCCUAAAAGUACUAUUUUCGGUCAAUUGUAUCUGAAAGAUCAAAGGUCGUUUAAUGAAUCUGGAUGGUUUUUUGUUUGUUCUGUGUAAUCUUUAUUGUUUUGGAGCCUUUUGAAGCAACAUUUAACGACUGUUCAACCGUGUAUGUACUUCUUCAACAGGACACUUCCUUAGCCAGUCAUUUCUUAUGCUUUUUGAGAUGAGCAAAAAAAGGAAUACACUGGCGGUGGACACCGAAAUGAGCGACCUGACUUCCGCCGGACCAGGUAACCGCUCCUCCUCCAGGGUGCGGUUUUCGGACGCCGUCAGCGAGGAAGAGGAGGCAGCCGCGGCUUUACCUAACAAAAAGAAGACACGCUAUUGGUCAAAAGGUGACCGUCGGUACAGCGAAGCUGAGAAGGCUUUUUUGAGCCGUGCUCGGAUUCGCUCUGUGGUCCGGAGAGAGGGCAAGCAGGAGAAGUUCGGAUGGCUCAAGUACUUCGAUCCCGGAGGGGACCGCCUAUACUUCUGGCUACUCGUCGUCUCACUAGCAGUACUAUAUAACUGCUGGGCCAUAAUACUACGGACCGCCUUCCCGCAAAUCAACGACAAAAUAACCUACAUUUGGCUUAUCUUAGAUUACUCAUGCGAUCUCAUCUACAUCGCCGAUAUCCUAGUAAGCAUGCGUACAGGCUUCUUAGAAGAAGGCAUACUUCAAACCUGCUCCACCAAAAUGCGUCGACAUUAUCUUCACACCUACGAGUUUUAUCUGGACGCCGGAGCACUGAUUCCUCUGGAUAUCGCUUACAUCUUUAUAGAACACGAGCCCGCUUUUCGCAUCAACAGAAUUUUGAAGUUUCAUCGCUUUUGGCACUUUCUUGACCGGACAGAAAGUCGGACAACGUUUCCAAACGUCGUCCGUCUAGCAUCGCUUGUGCAAUUCAUCUUGUUGAUUAUUCACUGGAACGCGUGUAUAUACUUCAUAGUAUCGCGGGAGAUUGGGUUUGGGUCGGACGUAUGGGUUUACCCUGGGGUGAGACAAGAGAUUUUGAACAGUAGCGAGAAUACGAUAUCCCGGAUGUACAUCUAUUCGUUCUAUUGGUCGACACUAACGCUGACCACGAUUGGAGAAGUACCUCCGCCUUACUCAGAAGUCGAGUACAUUAUAGUAACCUUGGAUUACUUGAUAGGUGUGUUACUCUUCGCUACAAUUGUUGGUAACGUUGGUAACAUCAUCACAAACCUGAACGCCACGCGGCUAGACUUCCAGAACAAGAUGGACGGCAUCAAGGCAUACAUGCGCUUCCACAAGAUCCCGCAGCACUUGCAGCGCCGCGUGAUCAAGUGGUUUGACUACCUGUGGACGUAUAAGAAGCACCCGGAUGAGGAGGAGAUUUUGCUUUCGCUGCCGGACAAACUGAGAGCAGAAAUCGCCAUCAACGUGCAUCUUGAUUCGCUACGGAAAGUCGCCAUUUUUCAGGAUUGCGAGGCGGGGUUUCUCUGCGAAUUAGUUCUGCGCUUGCGUUCACAGCUCUUUUCGCCAGGUGACUAUGUGUGCAGAAAAGGCGAAGUCGGGCGCGAGAUGUAUAUUGUCAACAGAGGCAAACUAGAAGUCGUUUCUGAGCACGGAACAAAAAUCUACGCCGUUCUUGAGGCUGGAAGCUACUUCGGCGAGAUAAGCGUACUGAGCAUGAGUAGUGCUGGAAACCGCAGGACAGCGUCAGUACGGUCCGUGGGCUAUACGGAGCUCUUCUGCCUCGCUAAGAACGAUCUGAUGGAGGUCUUGGACGAGUACCCAAACAUCAAAGAAAAAAUCGAGAAAAUAGCCAAAGAGAAAUUAGAAAAUGAUAAGCGAAGAACUAGUAUGUCGCUUAACCGUGCAGCGUCAUUUCGUAAUAAUUCUGGGCCAAGGAAGCCUAACGGGGGAGGUGACGGGACGACGAAUGAAAAUGUGACUUUGAAGCUCGAGACAAAGAUAGAGACGUUGGAGCGAAAAAAAGACGAGUUAGGUAAAGAGCUACAGCGUCAGAAGGUGGAGUACGACGAACGGUUGAACACUUUGGAGACCGCGCUAUCGGAACUCUUAAAGGCAAAGGGAAUUGACCUUAAAGGACUGGGGUUGAAAGACGACAGCGGGUCUGCAGCGUCGUUGAAAACCUCUCAGGAAUCAGUGUGGAAAAAGAGAUAGCACUUGCGAUUCUUAGAAAUCAAGAUUGGGGUGAAAUGUUUUCUGAAACACCAUAUUUCUUGUAUGUACUGGUUCGGCUGGUUCGUUUAUUGCCAAAACAAAAUAGGAAACUUAAGCCACGACAAUGGUAACGCGAACGGCACAAUGGAGACGUCAAAGUUUCAUUGUUCGCCAUUCUACACCAGCAAAUGUUUAGACUUUUCUUUACCAAAGAAAAACAAUCGUCCCAGCUUGCCAAUGAAAAAUUGUUGGCAUAUCUUUACGGUCAAUGUCCAUUGCCAACAAAAAUUUGCUCGUUAAGACGGUACUUUAAUGUUCCCUAUGGUAGAAAUAACAUUCUAACUUUUUGGGACUUACAAAGCGACUUUACACAAAAGCACUUGUUGGUUUUCUCUAGCGUCGAUGUCGCCGUGCUUAAGUUCGCUAAUGUUUUGAUACAGAAACGAAAUUUAUUUUUUUGUGAUGAACAAACAACAUGUCUAUCUCGUCGUGCUUUAAACAUUAUUAUCUCCAGAUGCAAAACAAGAUUGCCUUGUAAAAAUAUAGGCCCUCUACUGUAAAACCGUACUUUUAAAAAUGUGCAGGUAAGCACAAUCACACGCAUUGGAAUAAAUUAAAAAUACUGAAACUGUACCAAACAAAAAUCCGAGAUAUGGAUUAAUUACACAAAGCUUCCACAA